AUGGUCCCCGCCGCCUGCGUGCUGCUCUGGGCCCUGCUGGUUAGUGCGGGGCCCCGGGCGGCGGGGGCCCAAGAGCAGACCUCCACCCCGACCCCGACCCCGACCCCGGCCCCGACCACCGACAGUCCCAGAGCCAGCUUACGCUUCGGGGGCCCCGCCCGCAGCCGCGGCACCGGCGGCCCCGCCCGGCCCAGUGUCCCCCAGAAGACGAGGAUGAAGGUGGAGGAGGACGAGAACGACGCCCUGGCCACCGCCGACCGCCUGGCCGGCCCCGCCGCGGCCGAGCUCCUAGCCACGGUGACGGGCAUCAGCCGCGCGUCGGAUCCCGCCCUGGAGCAGGACGAAGACGGAUCCCUGGAAGAAGGGGUCGUGAUCGACGCCAGCAAAAGCACCGCGGCCAGCACCGUGGCCAGUCCCAGCACGGGCAGGGUGCUGGCCAACAGCCAGGAGAGAGAGAUCAGACUGACCACCAGUCUGCCGUCGGCCACUUCAAGGUCCACCGCGGACCUGCUCACCUCGUCGGACACCACUCUGAGCCGGUGGUCCACGCCCGGGUCCACCCCAAAGCCUUGGUCAACACCCUCGCGCCCAGCCAUGCCACCUCCAGAGGACCUGCGGGUGGUGUUGAUGCCCUGGGGACCUUGGCACUGCCACUGUAAGUCAGGCACCAUGAGCCGCAGCCGGGCCGGGAAGCUGCAAGGCCUCUCUGGACGCCUGCGUGUCGGGGCCCUGAACCAGCUGCGGACCGAGCACCGGCCUUGCACCUACCACCAAUGUCCCUGCAACCGGCGUCGCGAGGAGUGCCCCCUGGACUCGUCCCUCUGCUCCGGCGACAGCUGCAGCUCUCAGACCACCAGCCCGACCACCACCACCACCACUUCUGCCAUGCCCCCCAUCCAUCUCAGACGCAGACCUCUCCUACCACCUCCCAGCCCCAGCCCGGCCCUGGCUUUUUGGAAAAAGGUCAGGAUGGGCCUGGAGGAUAUCUGGAAUAGCCUUUCUUCCGUGUUCACAGAGAUGCAGCCAGCAGAAAGAACGAAAAGGUAACAGCCAUUUCACCCACAAGGUGUCUGCAUCUCAACCUCUCCUCCUUUUUCAAUCGCAGCAUCCUCUAUUUUAAUACAGAAAAACAAUAAACCUGAAAAAAUGUGUA